AUGGCGUCCGCGACCGAGGAGCUGGUCGUCCAGAGCCCUGGCGGGGCGUCAAUUGCCGGCGACAAUAAGAAGAGGGAGGCGUCUCCGGAGCCCGACGUCGGCGAUGCUGCUGCCCAGGAGGCCGCGAGGAAGAAGAAGAAGACUGGGCCCGGCAGCAGAGGCGUUGCCAACUUGACGCCGGAGCAGUUGGCCAAGAAGAGAGAGAAUGACCGUGAGGCCCAGCGAGCCAUCCGCAAGCGGACCAAGGAACAGAUUGAGACGCUCGAGAGGCGCAUCCAAGAGUUGACUAGUCAGCAACCCUACCAAGAGCUUCUUGCCGUUCAACGGGCCAAGGAGGCCGUUGAGCAGGAAAAUAUUGAGAUCAAACGGCGACUAGCCACUAUUAUCGGCGAACUUCAGCCGUUGUUAGGAAACAUAUCAGAUCCUAGCCGCUUAUACGCGUCCCCAUCUCAGACAUAUGCUCCAUCUGUGCCAAAUGUUGCUCCACCCCCGGCACCAAUGAGUGUCCACAAUGCCUCAACACCUGGAAGUGUCCCGUCUCCUAGCAGCACGGAUAUUGGCUCGCAGAGCUGGCAGAGUGCUGGUAACCAAGGCGAGCAGGCUAGAAUCCAGCUGAACCAGCAGCGACAUGAAAUGCGACACGGGCUGGACAUGGGCCCCGAGCGUCUCGGGCUCAACUUUCUUCUUGAGAACAACCAGCGCGUAGCCAGAAUUCACAAUGGCUCAGAUAGUGCUCAAGACACGCCACGAUAUCACCAUGUGCCCAUGCGGCAUGACUGGACGGACAACCGCAACGACCAGGCGUUGCGGGUUCGGCCCGGAAGUGGAGGUGGGCGGUGGGAGGCGUCUCCCAGAACUCCCUCGACAACCGGCCCUACCAGCCGGCCCAGCCAGAUGGCUAGAGAUGUUCCUUCUCCUCACUAUUCCCCGAACCCAGCUCCCGGGUCUCCUCAGUGGACCCUGCCCAUCAAAAACUGCGCACCAACUUGCCCACUGGACUACCUGUUGCUGGACUUCCUCAACGAGCGCCGCCAGCGUGCUGCCGAAGGCUUGCCAGUGCAGGAAGUGGUUGGCCCUCGCUACCCUUCCGUCUCUUCGCUCCUCAACCCGGCCAAUAGUGCCUUCAGCCAUCCUCUGUCAAAGGUGUUUACGGAUAUACUAUCCACGUUUCCGGACAUCUCUACCUUGCCGGAGCGCAUUGCUGUUCUUUACGUCAUGUUCCUCCUCAUGCGGUGGCAGAUUUCUCCCACGCAGGCAAACUGGGAGCGUCUCCCCGAGUGGUUCCGCCCUACGCAUGGUCAACUGACCAUUGAUCAUCCUGCCUGGGUCGAUCACAUACCCUUCCCAGUGAUGCGCGAGAAAAUUGUACAAACCCAAGAAACGCAUGAGAUCGUUUUCGAUAACUUCUUUAUACCCUUUACCACUACGUUGAAUCUCAGCUGGCCCUAUGAGGACACGGACGCUCUGCUCCAGGGCCCAGACGGGGACGAGGUUGUGAUCAACCCUGUGUUUGAGCGCCAUCUACGAAAUCUCAAAAACUGGAGUCUCGGCGAGCGUUUUGUCAAGGCUUACCCCUUCCUGGCCGAGGGCUGCAACGUCGGCCCCCCUCCAUCACGACCACGAUAG